GGGGGACUCUUCAGAGUCAAAGGCCAGAGAGAAUGGAGCUCAGUGGAGCCACCAUGGCCCGGGGGCUUGCUGUCCUGCUAGUCUUGUUCCUGCAUAUCAAGAACCUGCCUGCCCAGGCUGCUGACACAUGUCCAGAGGUGAAGGUGGUGGGCCUGGAGGGCUCCGACAAGCUCACCAUUCUCCGAGGCUGCCCGGGGCUGCCCGGGGCCCCAGGGCCAAAGGGAGAGGCAGGCGCUGAUGGAAAGAGAGGAGAACGCGGUCUCCCUGGAGCCCCUGGAAAGGCAGGACCAGUGGGGCCCAAAGGAGACCGAGGAGAGAAGGGAAUGCGUGGAGAGAAAGGAGACGCUGGGCAGUCUCAGUUAUGUGCGACAGGCCCGCAUACCUGCAAGGACCUGCUAGCCCGGGGGCACUUCCUGAGCGGCUGGCACACCAUCUACCUGCCCGACUGCCGGCCCCUGACUGUGCUCUGUGACAUGGACACGGACGGAGGGGGCUGGACUGUUUUCCAGCGGAGGGUGGACGGCUCCGUGGACUUCUACAGGGACUGGGCCGCGUACAAGCAGGGCUUCGGCAGUCAGCUGGGGGAGUUCUGGCUGGGAAACGACAACAUCCACGCCCUGACCGCCCGGGGAAGCAGCGAGCUCCGUGUAGACCUGGUGGACUUUGAGGGCAACCACCAGUUUGCUAAGUACAGAUCAUUCAAGGUGGCCGGUGAGGCAGAGAAGUACAAGCUGGUACUGGGAGCCUUUGUUGAGGGCAGUGCGGGUAAUUCUCUAACGGCCCACAACAACAACUUCUUCUCCACCAAAGACCAAGACAAUGAUGUGAGUUCUUCCAAUUGUGCUGAGAAGUUCCAGGGAGCCUGGUGGUACGCUGACUGUCAUGCUUCAAACCUGAAUGGUCUCUACCUCAGGGGACCCCACGAGAGCUAUGCCAAUGGUGUCAACUGGAGUACGGCGAAGGGGUACAAAUAUAGCUACAAGGUGUCAGAGAUGAAGGUGCGGCCCGCCUAGAUGGGCCAGGACCCCUCCACACGCACUUGCUAGGGGGGAGGCCACACCCACAAGCGCUGCGCCGUGGAAGUCACCCCAUUUUCCCAGCCAGACACACUCCCAUGAUGCCCACAGCUGCCCCUUUGCCCCCAGCUCAGUCAAGCCGCCACAUGCCCACAACCUCACCAGAGGGAGAAUUAUGUUUCUAAAUAUGUUUGCUUUGGGACAGAAAAG